CUUGACGUCACAUAAAAAUUAUGACGUCUUAAAAUUAGAUUCAAAGGUCAAAAAAAGUAAACGGCAUGUUCACGGUACCAUGAUGUGUGUCUUCAUAAUAUAGAUGUCUCGAUCAGUGCAUUUGCAUAGAAAUAUAUCAACAGAGUCAGAUUACCACAUACUUGAUAGAAAGAGCUUUGUAGAGCACAUAUUACCAUGACAAAAUUUGAACAGAAAUCAAAAUAAUAGAUAAAGGUAUGGAUUCUAAAUGCCAUAUAGAUCAGUAUCAACUAAAAGAGGCAUCAGUAGUUUUGACAAAGCUGGAUGACAAAAUAUUUUCACAGGAUACAUUAACUGUUCUCUCAGAUAAUGAUGCAAAUAAUUCUACAAAAAAAUGUGAAAAUACAUCAGCUAACCAAAAUAUAGGAGAAAGUCAAACUCCUUUGUCUGAUAACAUUACACAAGCAAGUCGCAAACGUAGAAGGAAAAAUGAAGCACCAAAAAGAAAAAUAAUGAGAAUAGAUUAUGAUGUUGACGAUGAUAUUUAUAGGACUUAUUCAGAAGACAGGUCCUCUAUUGAUAGUGAUAUAGAUGUAGACUAUUGUUUUACUCAUGAAGAGACUCCACGCCAUCUUUACAUGACGUCUGGUUGUGGUAACAACAAUGCAAAUAAAGGGGGAAAUGAGGACAGUAUAGACACUGAUAAACCAAAACUCUAUAAAACACCAAUAUAUAUCAUGAAAUCUAAAAGCACAAAAAGUCCAGAAGAUUCUCAACCAUGUCUUAACUCAUCUAUUCAGACAGGAAUUACCGACCCUGUUACACCGCACAGUAGUGUUGAGUCUGAUGAAUGUGAUUUUAUAGAUGUAACUACAAUAACCGACUCCAUAAACAUACAGAGUCCUGUAAAUUCACAAGAUUGUCAGGUUACUUCAAUUGAUACACGUGAAUUUACCUGCCAUGUUAGUCCACAUAGUCCUAAAGAGUCUCUGCGAAGUCAUGUUAAUUCAGACGUUCAAAAUGAAAUUAUCAACCCUGUUAAUUCUAUUACAAUCAACAGCGAUACUGUUCCCAGACCUACAACAAGUGAAAACAUUUCGAAUAAACAUAAAGUUGUGCUUGAAAAAGAAAUAAAACUAAAAAAAGAGAAAAAAGUGCCAAAUAUUUUAUCCCGAGCGAAAAGAGCAUCGAAAAAGCCACUUAAGCUUAAAGAUACUAGUAGCUCUCUUGUAGAAAUAAGACCAAAACCACACGAACACUUCAAAAUCACUACUGCAGCACGUGCUUUGUUAGAUGACACGUUAAACAAACAUGCCGUUUCACCAAUUAAUCGUCCUGUUUUCAAUCCAACAUUGCCAAUUAUACUUAAAGAUGCCUCAGAUAAAGGAAACUCAAAAACUGACAAAAAGCAAACAUCGCCAAUUUCGUCCUUAGCUAAAAGUAUCGACACAUCGUUAACUUCACAAGUAAAGACGCCAACCAAUGUCCCACUGACUGUUAACAAGUUUGCUUUGUCAACCACAGUAUCCACAGCAAUUAAACCGACUAUGUCAAAACCGCAGUAUAGCUCGAGGUUGAGGUCAAAAUCUGGUACAAAAUAUAUAGUACGAAAGGAUAGUAUCAUCAGUACCAAUAUAUCAGAUUUUCUAGAACCUUCAUUUAGCAGUAAGCUGACCAAAGAAUUUGGUAGUAGAUUGAUUUUAAAACUUCCCGAGAAAUAUUUGAAUGAAACAAAGUUUUUUAAGAACUUUUCGCCUGAAAUCCAAUCAAAACAGUCUGACAGCGAAGUCCAGGGGUCUUCCGGAUUACAGAUAUCGCCAGUUAAUGUUAGUCCGUCUAUCCAAAUAAACCCUGCUCCUAAAGCAUCCCCGAUUCUCAAGCUUACACAUUCGAAGGAAGAUUAUCAAUACGUAGAUGCCGAUGAGAGGCCAAUAUUUUUACGAAGUAAAGGGGGACUAGAUGAUAUAAUGCAGGAACUUAAUAUGAUGAAUCCAGAGUUACCGAAAUCACCUGAUGUGGCAACAAAACCGGAACAGAUAGAGGCAAAUUUUCAAAUGAUUAUUCCAAACAAAGAGAGAAAAUUCAGCGUCAAACAAAUAACCCCUUCUGGUCUAUUCUUGUCUAACCUAAAAGGUAGACUAAUGACGCAUACAAAGUCCUCUAAAAGUACAGGUAGUCUGUCGGUACAAGAUAUUACAAAACCACACAUUGUGCAGACUUUUAGUAUGCAACAACAGGUCGAAAGAAAUGAGAAAGACAGGAGACUUAUAGAGGGGACGAUCUUCAAUGAUUUACAUAAAAGUGAUGACAUAUCUAAGAGAAAGAAGAAUUUUGAAAAAACUUUUAACUUUGAUAACGUUCAGGUUUAUAGCAAAAUGAACAAACUCCAAAUGAGACUUAACAAGCCACUUUCUGCAGAAGAGCUAAAAGGUAGAUCAGAAAAUUCCACACAAAGGCUUCAACAAAGUUCAAAUCAGCAAGAAUUGAACGGUAAUUGUUUUGCAGAUGACCAAUCUAAACCCAACAGUGCGUUGCUUCAUAACGGGUUUCAACAAAAGAAUGAACAUGAUAGCAGUAGGUUGUCAAAAAUGGAGCGAGCCAGUACACCAUAUCAAACGUAUAACGAGGGAUUAAUCAGCGUCACUCAAAUUAAACAGGAACCUGUAGAUACAAUGGAGGAAAGUCAAAUGAAACCGGAAGGUGGGAAAUAUGGCAAGAUAGAUGAUGUUAAUUCAAACGUAUUACUUAACGACUCAAAACCGGUAUUUGUAAGUACAAAUGAGAUAAAAUCGGAACACAUUGAUUCAAACGAAGAUUUGCAAAAUGGUAACGAGAAAAACAAGUUACACACAUACAAAGACUUGCAUAAAAUAAAUCAGUUUGACGAGAAACCUAUUCUUGAACCAAGCAAAGAAGGGUUAAUGAAGAAUACUAAAAUACCAGACGGACGAACCAUUUCAAUUGAGUGCAACUAUGAAUAUAAAUUUGAUGACCACGCUUAUACAAGAUUAGAAAGAGAAGCAUCUAAAAGUAAAGGAAUCGAGUCGGAAAUGUAUACUAAACAGAAUGAAGAAAACAGUCAGAAAAUACCGCUCACGGUGCAAGAAUUCGAAACAGAUCUUAUUUCAGAAACCCUACUUAAGGCACAGAAUUCGAUAACAUCUCCUGCGAAAGUUGCUUCAAUACCUGUGUAUGCUGUGCGCUGUGGAGAGAAAGUUGUUUUGUUUCCUGCAUCUAAAGCUGUCACUUUGGGAAAACCUACAAAAGCAGAAAUUCUGCCUAAACUGGCACCGACGCCAACCAAAUCACCAAAGCAGGUAUCCCCAUCUAAAAACAUAAACAAAAUUGCAAUGAAGAAACACCAAUUAGAGAGACAGAAAAUGAAUUUUGUCAAAAAAUGUGCCUUAAACUGUUCACAGGAAUCAAAUGCAAAAAAGCUAGAAUUGGAUGUAAACGAUCUCAUUACUAGAGACUUUAAAAACAUCAUUGGUAAGAGACCAAAGAACAGCAUGAAACAUAUGUGUGCUGUUGUCGUGCAAAUAACUAGAUCUUUGGACAGCAAAUUUACUUUUUCCAAAGAUGUGUUGGCUUUAAGUUUUACCAACGGAUCAAAUCCUACUCUUGUCAGGUGGCAUACAGAUGGAAUACAUUCUGCUUUGGUUACCUUCAACAACAAAGGUAAGAUUCAGCAUCUAACUGUAGACCGACUGUUAUCAGGAUUUUAUUGUUUAAGUUUGAAAAAUAACCCGGUGAUACGAAAAAGCAGGACGUUUGAGGGGUUGUUAACCUCAACAUUACCAAAUGAGGACCUCUUGCAUUCUGAAAUGGAUUUCCUUGCCGUUGGUGAAAUCAAAAGCAUAAUGGACCCAACACUUAGGAAGCCGGAUAUAAAACCUACUAAUGGUAUGACAUUGACUGAAGCAUUAUCAGACGUUUUACCUAAAGAUUUAAUGCAGAUGUAUAACCCUGCCGUGAGUGACAGGAGUUAUAUACCAAAGGUACAUGACAAAUCUUGGUACUCGCUUGAAAAGUUCGAAACUUUUACUAGAACAUAUGGUAGAAAGAGAGGAUAUCAUACAAAUGGAUGCAGACUACCCGGAGAAGAAGUGGUCAAUUGAUUUAUACUUGUGCUAUUUUAUAACGGUUUAAGACCGUUCAAUUUAAAACUCAAACAUUUUGUUCAACUUAUUUUUGAUUUAUAAAUCCUUUUGUGAUGAGUGUCAUUCUGAAUAUUUGAAAGAAAUAUCUUUUGGUUUAUUAAGCGUUUAGUUAAUGUAGAACUUUAUAUCAUGUAUACAGUAAAUAGUACAUGGCAUAAAAAGAUUUAUGUUCUCUCGUGAAGUUUUUCUUCUUUUUUAAGUAACAACUUUUGCGUAGGCUUGUAUUGUUGGCUUGAUAUAGAGCGUUACAACAUGCUUUCAUUAAAUUUACAUGAUAUGCU